AUGAACACAUUGAGAAGAUCAGUGCUUUCACUUCCAAGAUCAUGGACUGCUGCCACUAGAGGUUUAGCCACAACUACAGAAAAACCAGCUUUGUUGAAGAGUUUUAAAAUUUAUAGAUGGUCUCCAGAUAAACCACAAGAAAAACCAACAUUACAAGAAUAUCAAGUUGAUUUAAACGAUUGUGGUCCUAUGAUUUUAGAUGCUUUAAUCAAGAUCAAAAAUGAACAAGAUGCUACUUUAACUUUCAGAAGAUCAUGCAGAGAAGGUAUUUGUGGGUCAUGUGCUAUGAACAUUGGUGGUAGAAAUACUUUAGCAUGUUUAUGUAGAAUUGAUAGAGAUGUUAAAAAGGAAACCAAAAUCUAUCCAUUACCUCAUAUGUUUGUUGUUAGAGAUUUAGUUCCAGAUUUAACUCAUUUCUAUAAACAAUAUAAAUCAAUUCAACCAUAUUUACAAAGAGAUUCACUUCCAGAAGAUGGUAAAGAAAAUUUGCAAAGUAUUGAAGAUAGAAAGAAAUUGGAUGGUUUAUAUGAAUGUAUUUUAUGUGCUUGUUGUUCAACUUCUUGUCCUUCAUACUGGUGGAAUCAACAAGAAUAUUUAGGUCCUGCUGUUUUAAUGCAAGCUUAUAGAUGGUUGAUUGAUUCAAGAGAUCAAGCUAGUAAAGUUAGAAGAGAAAUGUUGGAAAACUCAAUGUCCAUGUACAGAUGUCAUACCAUUAUGAACUGUACAAGAACAUGUCCAAAAGGUUUGAAUCCAGGUAGAGCUAUUGCUGAAGUUAAAAAAUCUUUAGCUUUUGCUUAA